AGGAAACAGUAGCUGUGUAUGUAUGCAAGCGCAGCCCAAAUCGCACGAGUCUCUGUUCAAUCCAGUCCGAGUUCAUCCGUUGACGACGAUAGUGGGUAACAGAAGUGGGGCGAUGGCAGACACCUUAACAACCAGAACCACGCCAGAUGGCAAUGGUGAUGGGAACUCCAGUAACCCACAGUAUAUUGCCUUUUUUCUGGUGCCUUUCUUCUUCCUGUUGGGGCUUCUGGGUGUCCUUAUCUGCCGGAUCUUGAAGAAGAAGGAAUACCGCUGUUCAAUCGAGGCAGAUGAAGAGCUGGAUAAAGAGGAGGACGAAGUGGAAAAAGAUCCAGAAAAAGGAGAUCUGAAUGACACCUUCAGUGAAGACAACGCUGACACAGUGGGCCAAAUUGUUAACUACAUCAUGAAAAACGAAGCCAACUCCGACGCACUCAAAGCCAUGGUUCAGGACAGUAUAGAACGGGAGGGUCGCCCCGUGACGCCCACCUCUCCAAACUCACCCGCCAGCCCAGAGAGCCCUGCACUGCCAGGGUUGCCACCCAGCACAGCCAAACACACCUGCAACCACCUGCACACCAUCGGAGGGAUCGGAGGACCUAAGAACAUCUGCAACCGCUGCAACCAGAAAAAAUGGCCUCUGAUGAGACGCUCAUCCAGCAAAAAGCUGGACAGACGCAGUCUUGUAGCAGAGGUCGUAGUGCUGUCUGUAGGCAGAUUCCGAGUGACAAAGUGUGACCCCAAAUCGUCCCGGGAUAGGCGGACAUUGUUGAUCACUGAGCCCAAUGGCAGUGUUCCCCCUUCACCUGCUAACGCUGACCCCCCUGAACACCUUUAG